AUGGAUCACAUCACAUUCGUCGUGGUACCGGGAUUGCACGACCCAGCCAACGCUCCUGGGGUCAGGAGUUCAUGGCAGAAUCACCCCGCAUCGAGUCCCCCCGGGGGGUUGAGCGGAAGUACGAGUGCAAGUGUCAGUGCCGGCCACUUGCUCUGGGACCCGUACUGGGCCCACUCGCAUCAAAGACUCGUCUUCUGCGGCGAGAACCUGGGCGGUAUCAUUGUCAAACGGGCUCUCACUCUCGCCGGGACUGACACCACCAUAGCCCAGCACACUUGUGCCUGCAUCCUCCUCGGCGUCCCGCACAAAGCCCCGUCCCUCGAAGCCUGGCGGCAAACACUCACAUCCAUUGUGCUCCCGUUUUGGACCGCUCUCCCGGACGGCUUUUGGCAGACGACCGCGGAUCUGCCAGCGUAUCUUAAACGUGUCUCAUCCGAGUUUAUCCCGGUUGCGUUUAGCAUUGCCAUCGUUAGUAUCUGCCAGGACGGGGCGUCUGCGGCCGUCGACACUUCGUGCGGGGUACUUGGUGUCUCGCACGAGCACGUCGUCCUCCGCGAUUCCGCCGUUCGGUUUAGCCAGAUCGGGAGGUUCAACCCAAGCCAACGCGGGGCGGUUGACGGGGUAUUCUCUAUCGUCAAGGCUGCAGCGUCAGCUUCCUCUCCGGCGCUAACCUACCUCAAAACUCUGGCCCGCCUCAGCCCACAUACCCACGCCCCCUCUCACACAUCUUAUAUCUCCCGCACCCCCUAUACUGCCCACUCAUUAUCGAACUCACCGCUCGUGCAAGCCACAGUCCACCCCCUCCUCGACGCUAUCACGGCCACCCUCCCCGAGAUCCCGGCUAACACUGUCGCCAUCAACCUUUACGGCGCCCGUGGCAUCGGCAAAACAACAUUGUCGUACGCCCUGCACGAGCAACUCUUGCGAGGUCGCGCUGUCCGGGUAAACUCAGGGCCAACCCCGGAGUUGGGGUUAGGGUCAGGGCCAGGAAUGAGGCCAGGUUUAGGGGUUGUAUCAGACCCCAAGAUAGGAUCGGCUCCCAAGAAAGAGUAUAUUGCCUACUUUGCGUUCGACACGCACGACCACAGACGGCGGUCGGUGCGGGCAAUGCUAGUCAAGGUGAUCCGGCAGCUGCUGGCGAGCGAACCCGGCCUGGCAAAUCGUUUUAUGGAGCGGGAAAGGGGGAAGAAAUGGUGGAAGCAAGAGGAAGAACCAGGGCGGGUGGAUGAGCAGGAAAAAAAGGAGAAGGAGGAGAAGGAAGGGGAAGAAUCGGGCGAAGAGACAGAGGCAGAGAUGAAGACAGCCCCCACGUCGCCGACCGGGCCGACAACACCAACGCCAACAAUGGCCACAACACGCAAACAAGACUCCCCAGAUACCCAUGGCCUUUCCCCACACCUUGACCGCACGCGCUGGACAGAAGGCAAUCUCUGGAUCCAGAUGCGCUCCACCCUCCGCCAUCUCCCUUCUGCCUCCCAUACCCACCUCGUCCUUGAUGCUGUCGACACUUGUGACACGCCGUUGCUACACGACUUUCUCCGAGAUCUCCUCGAUCUGCGUUUCGCGGCGGCCGGCACGCUCACCAUUUGGUUCACGUCUGUUGCUAGGUUGGAGAUCAUGCCAGUCGAGGGCAGUCAGACGGGGAAAAGAAGGAGUAUGGGCACCGGCACCGGCGAAACCUGGCACCUCGACAUAGAACGCAUGCCGGAUUUCGAAGCCUGCCGAAGCGACUUUCAAGCCACACUCGCGGCCCAGAUUACAUCCCUCAGCCCCAAAUUUCGCGCAACCCAGCCGGAGUUACGUGCGUGCCUCGACGCAGCGGAAAACUUUACGCACGCAAACUUACUCGCACAUCGGAUCCGCGGCAUCGACCAGCUGUCCCGGCCUCAGUGCGUCAGUGCCGGGCUUGAGGAGAUCAAGAAAGGCUGGGAGGAGACCAUCACGGCGAUGGUGCAGGGCGCGCCUGGCUGGGUGGUGGGUGCGUUGGUUUGGAUGUUGUUUGUGCGACGGCCGUUAGGGCUGGACGAGCUGGCCGUUGCCGUGGCGUUGGCGGAGAGCGACGGGAAGAUUGAGGCAGAGAUGGAAACCGAGACCGCGACUGGAGAGGCUGGGACUAACAAAGCCAGUACCAUCGACUCCGUUUCUUCUCAUUCACCUGUUGCUAAGAGGGGCCUAUCCCUGAACGAGAGCCUCAUCCCCCUCGACAUCGGCACCGACCUGUGCCGGGCCCUCGGUCCGCUAGUCGAGAUCGACACAGACCGUGAGGAGAUCCGCAUCGCCCACUCGUACGUCGCCGAGGUGUUGCAAGAGUGGAUUACGUCGGCGAUGGUCCAGGCCACACCGGCGCAACGGCUGGUCGGUCAGACGCAGACAUUACUCGAGUAUCUGCAUUUCUGUCUGGAGAGGAUCGGCGCUGCCCAGGAGGUGUCGGAAGAGAAAGUGUUUGGGCUGUUGGAGUAUGCUCUGGAGCAUUGGCAUGUGCACUACUGCCAGGUCAUGGACGAUAAUGACAACAAUGACGACAGCGAAGGUAGUGUUAGAAACGACGCGCACAAUGAGCUCCAACAGCUCGCCCGCGCCCUUUUCGAGAACCCCAGGAACAUGCGCUGGCUGGCAUCCCGAAAAUACCUCAACCCCGAGCCGGAGUCGCCAGCCCAGGCCGCCGAGAUUGGAGGCAGCGAGAGUCUUGUACGCCCCGUGCUUCUCGCUGCCCGCCUUGGCCUCUUCUCCAUCUUCAAGCAGCUCUUCAAUGCGACCUCGGAGCCCGACCACCCCGACCGGCUCGACGCCCUCCGCGUAGCCUGCCAAAGCGGCCACCUGCCCAUCGUCCAAUAUCUCAUCCAAGACAGCGCGAUGACGGCCAACUCGGCCACUCUCGAAAGCCUCAUAACGGAAGCCUGUGAGCGCGGAGACGAGCACGUCGUUCUAGCUCUUCUUGACCCACUGCGCGAGGUUAGGGCCGCGGCCAACCAAGAUCCAUACACCAUCCCGUCCGCGUUGCUCAUACAGGCCUGCCGCAUCGGCCACGCCUCGCUCGCGCAGCGUCUGAUCGAGGCCGGUGCUUACAUCAACGCGGAUAGCGACAGCGAGGUGUCGCCCCUACAUGCUGCCAUCAUGCAAGGCCAUCUGGAUGUGGUCAGCUUGCUUCUCGAAAACGGUGCGCAGGUGAAUAGAACGGCGGACCGCGGGUGGACGCCUUUACAGUGCAGUAUCCGGAGGGGGUAUCGGUAUAUUGCGAGUCGGCUCCUGGCAGAGAACGGAGUCCUGGACAACGCGAACGAGGAUGGUCUCACGAGCGCCCAUCUGGCCGCCCGGGUGGGUGAUGUCGACCUGCUCAGACAGGUCAUCGAUCUGGAGAGAGACGGUCCGGGGCUUGGAGCCGAUGUGGAUGGCGGUGAGUGGGAUGAAGGGCCGGAUAAGCCCCUCGUUUCGCAGCCUCUGCACGAAGCGGCGGAACAUGGCCACGUCGCGGCGGUCGAGUUCUUAGUCGAGCACAGCCACGCAUCGAUUGAUGCACCCAACGCCGAUGGCAAGACGGCGCUGUACCUGGCCCUAGCGCAAAAUCACACGGCCGUCGUUGAUGCGCUCCUGCGCCACGGUGCGGCAGUGACAACCGACGAAGACUACGCAACGAGCGCCCUGCGCCAGGCCAUCAUUCAUGGUAACGUGCCCGUCACGAUGGCUAUCUUGAAAACGAGCGACAGGCGCAGCUGGAGGGGGAGCAAAUCGUCUCCAUCCGAGACGACAGCCGCAGCGCCGUGCUCGGCCUUGACGGACGCGGCGCGACACAACCAGUUCGACAUCUUCCGGGCGCUGAUUUACGAUGAUGCGGACAUCCAGCAUCGCGUGGAUCAUCACCAGGACCCGGAUCGCAGCAACGAUGACGACAGCGACGACGACGACCACGACGGCCAGGACGACGAGGAGGAAGAUGAAGAAGGCGAGGCUCGCAGGAUCCUGGGUGAAAACAGUGGCCGCGGGUGGGCGGCCGCACACUUUGCCGCUUACUACGGGAGCGCCGACAUCAUGCGGCUGCUGGUCGAGCUAGGACCGGACGUCGUCAACGCCAAAACGGCAUGCGGACACACGCCGCUACAUCUGGCCGUGCACCGCGAGGAGGUGGAUGUGGUCCAGAUCCUACUCUCCCCGCCAGCUCUCCCUCUCCCUCUCCCUAUUCCAUCCGACAUGACAGAUGAUGCCUUCCGCCCCCCACGAAGAGAAGACAGCUUUAACAGCCGAGUCAGCAGCUCUUCCUCAACGACAGCCAGAGCAACCGCCAUAGCACUUGCGACGAUACCAACAACAGUAGUAGCAGAACAGCAACCCCAAGCCCUCGUGGUAGAUGUCGAUACCCCGACUAACCGGGGCCGCACAGCUCUCCAUAUCGCCGCCGGCCGCGGCGAAUCUGCCGAGCUCGUCAAGCUCCUCCUCGACCGUGGUGCUUCCCCCAGAGCCGCUGAUGGCAAGGGCAAGACGCCGCUACAUUUUGCCGCCGCAGCAGCCGGGUCCUCUGUACGUAAGUCUUCGGUCAUGGCAACGACAGCAACGAAAACGACAAGAACAGAAGCAGUACUACCAGCGCCCACGACUCCUUCCUUGCCCCUUAGCCGCAUGGCCCGCACCAAAUCGCUCACCGGGAUAAUCACCACUUUGCUCGCGGCCGGCGCGGACCCCGGUGCGCGCGACUCUACCACUGGCCGCACGCCGCUACACUACGCCGCGCAAGCUGGGAGUGUUGUCGCCACCGCUCUUUUGCUAAGGCAUGGUAGUACCGCUGCGACUACUACUGCUUCUGUUACCGCUGCUGGUAUCGCUACUGGUAGUGUUAAAAGUGGGAAUAGCAACAGCGGUAAUCCCCUGGCCGCAGUAGCUGACGACGCAGGCAUCACACCGUUGUACCUGGCCGCUGAGGGGGGGCACGUAAAGGUGCUGUUGCUCUUGCUGGGGUUGGGAGCCAAGGUAGCAGCAGGGGCCAAACGAGGAGACGAACUCGCUGCCGUUGCUGCUCUCGGGGUGAGUAGCCCAAGCCCAAGCCCUGGCGCUGCGAGUAGUGGUGCGAACGUCAACGUGGCAAAUCGACAAGGCGCGACAGCGCUACACGCCGCUGUCAUCCGGGGCCAUCUCGGCGUCGUCGACAUCCUUCUGCGGGCAGGCGCCAAUCCAGAUCUGGCGGACGAGGUGGGGGACACACCGCUUCACGAAGCCGCGCGAAGGGGGCACCACCAGAUCACAGAGAGACUGGUAAAAGGGAGCGAGCACAGCGGCGCCGUGGCGAGCCUGAACCUCUUCAACACGUUCGGUAUUACCCCGCUGCAUCGCGCUGUGCUGAAUGGUUGGUCGUGGACGGUGCGCGUGCUGCUCGAGGCCGGGGCAGACCCAAACCUCGUCGAUGGGGACGGGGAUACCGCGCUCGAGGCCGCCAUCGCCUCGGGGACGUACAAUGUGGUAGAGGUGCUCCUGCAGCUGAACGAGACCAAUGAGACGGCCGAGGCCAUCGAUGUGCAGGACCACGCUAGGGGUCCUGAACCCAAGAACCCCGAAAAGCCCAAGUUGCGCUUCCCUGUCAACCUCAAUGUCCAGAACAAACAAGGCAAAACCCCCCUGAUGCGUGCUGCUCGGGCCUGUCCCGAGGCACUGCGGCCCCUUCUCGACGCCGGCGCCGACGCCACCCUCCGCGACCACGACCAAAACACUCUUCUGCACGAGAUAGCCUUCCACCCGAAGCUUUUGCCGGUUAAUACCAUCGCCACGCCCGCUCUCCUCGCCCACCCCCAGCUCCAAACCAAAGAGCAACUCUUGCUAACCAAUAACGAAGGGCUCACGCCCACCCACGCCGCGGCACGGCGGAGUAACGGCCUGCUGAUCAAGUGGUUUGCAGCGUUCGGCAACGCGGUGGUUGAGGCGAGAGAUCGCCAGGGCCGGACGGCGCUGCAUCAUGCCGUUCGAACGCUGGGAAAGGACGAGCUGCGGGACGCCUUUGGGGACGUGAAUCUGCGCCCUAGUCUGGGCGUCGACGGCACCGGCGUCAACGUGCCGGACGCAGACGGCUGGACGCCACUUCAUUGGGCCUGCCGAGGCAGCCAGACAGGGGUAGUCAAGCUGUUGCUGUCGCAAUAUCGUUACCCCCUACGGGCGCUGCGCUACCAAGGCCGCAGCGGUGAAGCGCACCACGGCUGGUCAGCCAUAGCCGUGGCCGUCUUCCACCGGAACCUCGACGCUAUCAAGUUCAUCCAGCAUCACGUGUGGGCCAUGGAUCCUGAAUGGAGCGGUCGGGAAAAGCAGCCCCCUCCUGAGAAGCUCCCUGAUCCACCCACAUCAGCGGAAGAGGCGUUUGUGGCCCGAGACGGCGGUGGUGGUGAUGAGAUCAGCCCUGAUGUGCUAAAGGUUCCGGGCCGGGCUCGCAUUCGGGUGGAAUGGUCGGCGAGGUUUGGAAGCGGCCUGCGGUCAGAUGGGAAGGUUGUCGUUCCCGGAACGUUGAGACAAAGCAUCGGGUGCGAUGAUUGCCAUUAUGUUCCCAUGUACGGCGCCCGCUUCAAGUGUGUCCAGCACGUGAAUUUCGAUCUGUGCUUCAAGUGCUAUUGGCACCACGAAACAACCCACACUCCGCCUGGUCACAGCUUUGAGAAGCGCGCAGACGGCCCCGUCGACGGUCCUCCUCUUGCCACGUCGGCCCCUGUCUCACCCGAAGAACGGCUGGAGCAGCAGCGGCAAGCAGCUCUCGCUCCUAAACCCACCCGCCGCCGUGAGCCCAUCAUCGUCACCCACGGCAGCGGGGGUCCCGUCGAGAUCGUCACUCAACCCCGCCACUCACGUCCCUCUUCACACAGCAACCACCGGCGCAGCCUGCGCUGGAGCGCCAGUAACUACCUCAACAAGAGCCCCCAAACUAGUCCAAGCUUGCCCCGGCCCUAUAUCGUGGAUGUGACUGGGGGUGGUGCACAGUCGCUUCCGGACUUUAUGGAAAGGGAACGUCUCGAAAAGGAGAUCCUUAUCGAAAGGGGGCGUCUUGAAAUGGCGCGCCUUGAAAGGGAGCAUCUUGAAAGGGAUAUUGACAAUACAAGAGGGCCAGGGCGGGAAAUAGACCGAGAGCGGGAGCGGGCGCGGGCGCGGGAGAGGGAACGAGAACUGGAAGAGAUUAUCAGCAGUCUCGAGCGAGACCGUGAAAGAGAGCGAAGAAACACAGUGGGUGCAGGCACGAUAUCGGAACCCGCCAUCUUCCCGCCUCCUCUUCCUCCUCCUCCUCCCCUACAUCCCUAUCCUCCUCCAUUUAUACCGGGCCACCCUUCCUAUCAACUCAUGCCCCCGUACCCUCCUCCUCUCCCUUAUCAAUCAAUGCCCCCAUACCCUUCUCCCCCUCCUCUGUAUAUGCAACCCCCGAUGUCGCCGGUAGACGAUCCAUACUCGCUCGGGACGAUCACUGGCCGCCCAAGAGCGGAGCGUGCCCUAGAGCUAGACUUGGGACGCAGGCGACUACGGUCACGAUCGCGGUCCAGUUCCAGGUCCAGAUCGAAGCCUAGAUCACGAGAACGGCGGUAUCGGAGCGAAGCAUCUGACUACAUCAUUGAGGGCCUCCAUCGUGAAGAGCCAUAUCGUCACCGGGUGAACCGGCACUUGGAGGAAAGGUUCGAUGGUCGACGGAAUAGGGGGGCCCCGAGACAUGCGUAUGAUGACUAUGAAGACAUCCUGGUGGAACCUAGGAACAUAACCCGAGAGCGAGAGCGACCGGCAAGUAUGAGCGAGCGACUAAGAGAAAUCGACCGCGACUACGGGCGUGAACGUGAAGAGCUAGACGUUUGGCACCACAAUACGGUAGACGAGAGCGGGAUGUAUUACCUGCCCAGCGAAAUCCACAGGAGAAGGAAUAGGAAUAGGAGUCGGAGUCGGAGUCGGAGCCGGGGCCGGGGGAGCAGAACAAUUGUUUAUAUGGGGGGAGAGACAAUAAUCAUCCCCCAGAGGCGGGAGACAAAGAAGGGAAAGGAACCGGAUGCUGCCAAGAAGGCUGCCGCACCAGAGACUGCCAAGAAAGCUGCCGCACCGGACACGCCGGGAAUAGAGAAGCCGGAAACUGAAACGAAGUGA